UAACCGUCCCCCGGUGCCGCUGUCAGUCAAAGCGGACUUAACCCGCCGCGGCUCCAGGAUGACUCGCUUCCAGCGGCCCACUCAGUGAUCGAAGCUGGAGAAGAUGUUUGAGAAUUUCAAAGAGCGGCUGCUGAGCGCGCAGCAGGAUCUCAGCAGCGGUUUAAAGAUGCUGGGUGACAAAUCUAAAGAAGUAAAAAUUAAGAAGUCAAGCACAGCAGAUGGUUUGCCAAAGUUUGCUGCAGGAGCUGAGCUACUAAACAGAUAUGAGAAUACAUGGGCAGCUCUGCACAAACGAACCGAAGAGUGCGCUAAAGUUGGAGAGGUUGUAGAUGGCAAAGUGGUGGUACUGUCAGCGUAUUGGGAGAAAAGACGGAACCAGUUAUUUGAGCUGCAGGAACAGCUUGAAGAAAUUCCAGCGUUGUUAGUGGGCUUAGAUGCCCUGACAUCCAAACUUGCUCAAUUGGAAACAGAAUUUCAAGAGUUAGAGGGUCACUUACUUCACCUGGAGGAUAUCUGUGAACAAUGUGAACUUGAGCGUUACAAACGGUUUCAGAUCCUUCAGUUGGAAAACUACAAGAAACAGAAGAGAAAAAGAAUUGAAGCUUUGAAAGCUGAGUUGGACAGUGAACAUGCUCAGAAGGUGCGAGAUAUGGAGAACACACAACAGCUGAAACUGAAAGAGCGGCAAAAAUUUUUUGAAGAAGCCUUUCAACAGGAUCUGGAGCAAUAUCUAUCUACAGGACACUUGCAGAUAGCACAGAGGCGAGAGCCCAUUGGAAGUAUGUCUUCGAUGGAGGUAAAUGUUGACAUGCUGGAGCAGAUGGACCUAAUGGAUAUGUCUGACCAGGAAGCACUAGACGUGUUUCUCAACUCUGGUGGGGAGGACAGCAGUGAAAUCUCCCCAGUGUUAGGGUCCAAGUCUGAGUCACAACAAGGUGAAAUAACUCUGCAAGUGCCAAACCAAGAUGACCUAAGAUUGAAACUAUCUUCCUUCUCUUCUACCUCUGCUGACAAUGCCAGUCACAGUGUGAGUGAAGAUGAUACUCCACUAGUUCAGUCUGACGAGGAAGAAGUUCAAAUAGACACAAGCUUAGUCACAAUGAAUUCAGAUUUAAAAGAGAAUGCUGACAGUGAUUCUCAGUAAAGUGAGAUAUUAUUUGAAACUUUGUUGAAGGUUACUGAAUUUUGAAUUGCGUGAAAGAUAUAUAAUGGAUAAUCCACAUCCUUUCCCUUUUGAAAAAAUGUAAAUUCCUGUGUCUGCUGAUACUACAUGCUGUAGUAAGUUACCCAUUUACUUCAAAUACAGAAGCAUAUGUCGCAGGCUUGACUAACAAACCUUCCCAUCUAAGAUAUUGUUCACCUAUCUAUGCACUAUGCUUAAUGAAUCGAUAUGUUGCCUUAUUCUACCACAUAAUUCCCAACAUACAAGUAUCCUUUAAAUCCCAGUUUGCUUGUUUGUGUUUUUCACUAAGGCUCUUCUAGCUGACUUCAUUGUGCACUUUUCACCUUUAAAUUAAUAAAAGGUUUUGCAGUA